AGUGUGAGCUUGUCCGUGUCAGGGCUCCCAGUGUGUUUUUGACUCGCGUGGGCUGUGCGUGGGUCCCUGUUGAAGUGAAAGGACGUGAAUGAAAGCGACUGGGUCUGAGCUGUAGACGCCGUCUGAGCUUCCCUCAGCGCGAUGGAUGCAGAGGUGGUCCUACAGGAGGAGGACAUGGAGGGCUCGUGGACGCUGUUGUCCUGGCUGGCGUCCUGCGUCAUGGUGUUUGGAGGAGUUCUGCCCUACGUGCCACAGUACCAGGAGAUCACCAGGAGCAGCAACAGCGAGGGCUUCUCCACCAGAGUGUGUCUGGUGCUGCUCAUAGCCAACAUUCUGCGCAUCUUCUUCUGGAUAGGGAAGCAGUUUGAGCUGACGCUGCUGCUGCAGAGUGUGGUGAUGAUCCUCACCAUGUUUGCCAUGCUUCACCUGUGCUGCGCCGUCCAGAACACCAACCGAGUGAGCACCAAGCAGCACAGACUCACAGAUCUGAAUAUUCACUACUUCUGGAAGUGGACUGCGUUUGAGGACUACCUGCUCUUCUGUUUCGGCUUCACUGUGCUGUGUGCCGUGGUCACGCUGCUGCUGCUCGACUCGCCCGUGUUUGUGGAGACGCUGGGCUCUCUCGCGGUGAUGUUCGAGGCCAUGCUGGGCCUCCCGCAGCUACUGCAAAACUUCCACAACCGCUCCACCAAAGGCAUGAGUGUGAAGAUGGUGCUGCUGUGGACGGCGGGCGACAUCUUCAAAACCACCUACUUUGUGAUGAACGACAGCCCCGCCCAGUUCUGGGUUUGCGGCUCGGUGCAGAUCCUGAUCGACGUCGCCAUCCUGCUCCAGGUGCUUUUCUACAACCGGGACACGCGGGUUAAAUUUGGCUGAGCCCAGCUGUUCUCUAUGGACUCUGAAGUCAGUGUAGGUGCAGUUUGUUAUUUGGCCUUUAAUGAACACUUUACCUCGAAAAAAGCCAUGGAAUAGAUUUUAGGCUAUUUUAGUGAUUUGCCUCAGCAGAUCUGUGCAGCUGUAACAACCUGUCCUACACCUGCAGCCCUGCUCUGAAUCUGCUGUCUGACUGAUGAGUCUCCCACCAAACACUCCUCACCUGAUGGCAUUGUUCUCGUUGAUAUAUAUAGUGACUGUGUAUGUGUGUUCUCUGUGUGUGAGUGAGUUGGGGAGUGUGUUGCCAUGCCUACAUUUUUUUUUUUUUUGCUGUUGGCGUCAGAGCCAAGGCCAAAGAAUGCACAACAAGGAACAGUAACUUCUGCGCACACCAUCAAUCUGUGUGUUAUGACUCUGUGACCUGACUGACACGAUGCCACACAGGCUACAUUUGCACUAAAUCCUUUACAGAUAAGCAACCAAAUAACACGUUCAAUAUGACAGUGUUACUGAUUUAUUUUUUUUUACGUUUUUAACAGCUUUACUGCAAGAAAUGGCCAGAACUUGAACAUUUACCAAAGAAAUGAGCAAGUUUUUUUGUCUGUUAUUUGUCAGCUGAGGCGAUCACAGAGCCGUACAUUCGUGCAUCGCCUUCACCGACAGAUAUGACAGACGUACGUCGCAAUCUGAUGACACUGUGAGGACCGUGACCAGAAAAGAACACCGUUAACAAACUAACUUCAUCACUUGCUUUCAUUUGUUACGCAUGCUACUCUCACACAUGCAGAGUCAAUGAAACUGACACUCUUCCUUGACAUGGAUUUGUUAUGGGAUGCAUUUCAGUCAUAACCACGGCACAGUUAUAGUUAUAGUGUCUAGACUGACCUUGAAAAUAGCAAUGAACAAUUUUGCUUUGAGGUAUGUGAUUGAUUGAUUAUUUACUACGUACCCCAGAUACUGAGUGAUAAAAUGUCAGGUUGUAUAUUUUGGUCACAUACCAAAUAUUUAUGCAGUUCUUUAUUCAUUUCAUUAUUUGUUGUGGGACACGGAGAUAAAUAAAAUAUAGAUACAGAAUGCAGGGCUGCGCUACCAGAAUGUCAAAGACUCUUCCCUUCACCCUCAGAAUACUUCAUACUUGUCCCUCUCCUAAUGUUUUGUAUAUGUGGGGGCCCCCACUUUUUAACCCUUGGAUGCAUGACCUACCAAAAUGACCCCAAUAUAAUCAAUGUGUUUUUGCUUUAAACUUAAGACCUUUCUUUAAUUUUGGUUAAAGAUGAUGCUUUUCAUUAUAUUUUGGUCAACAAAGAGUGAUUUAUACUUAGGGCAACACUUCAUACCGACAGUCAUAAGUUGAUAAGAAUCAAAGGUACCUAUAGGAGAUUCUUUGAUGCAUUGAAAUGCUUUGAAAGUGGGGUAGUGAUACAAAAACUGCAAUUUCUUUGAAUGAAUGAAAAAACUAAAAAUGCAAAUGGCCUCAUGUCACAAACAGGUUUUAAAAGGAAUAUCUGGAAUAUGAAAAUCUAAAAGCUUUUAAUCCCAAAGAUUUUGAAGAAUAACAACCCAUGGGGUUAUUUUUGACCCUACUUAUGCAUCUAAGGGUUUAAAGAUGGCAAACUAUCACUACCCAAACAUUCUGUGACACCAAAUCAUAUAGAUUUUCUGUCAGUCCCAGCUGCAAUCUAAAGUAGUGAUCCUACCUGAAGCUGAGGACAGUUUGUGUAGCGCAUGGACAGCCGUGUUUUUGAUUUAAGUCCGCCCUCCUCCUUCUAAAAUUGUCAUUUACAGACACUUGCAGCUGAGUUGUGGAGGCAACAAGGUUAUAAACUGUACAAACUGUACGUAGCACAGUCGUUGACUAGGAUUGUCCCAUUAGCCCCGACUCCUGCUUUGCUUUUGCUGUAGCUGCCGUGUGUUCCAGUUCACCUUUACUCACCUGGCUUGUAGAUGAACACUUCCUCAGUGUAAUAGCUUCAGUGCAAACAUUGCAGCCAUUUCAGAAACACCAAACUCUUAUUCAUCACAACAUUUCCCACAUGCAGAGAUGUUGAGGCGUAUUCAAUUCCGAAACCUCAGUGCAAAAAUACUAAUUUAACAAUGUGGCCUCUAGGAGUUUUGUUGUUGUUUGACUCGUUGUUACUCACUUGCUUCCUCCUCCUACAAGAGAGCACUGCGGGAUGAAAAUACAGAAUCAGCUCCAGCGGCUGAUCAGUAGUCAGCGCAGGUUUCUCUCCCCUCUGCCUUGGCUGAUUAAGUAUUAAUGCUACCUGCUUAUUAGGUCUUACUUUUUUUUUUUUUUAUCCACCACCAUUUUGUGUCCAUCCCUUAAUCCAUAACCCUCUGUGUAGAUUCACCUCAGCAAAUGUCAUAGUCAAAGUGCCCAUUUUAUGCCUUUCAGGGUUUCCUUUUUUUCUUUUGUGCUGAGCCAAAGUAAAAUGAUCCUUUAUCUCCCUCUGAAAACACAGCUCCCUAAAGUGCCUGAGUUUCUGUUUUUUUUUCCCCCGGAAUGCAUCCACAUCCCUGAGUAAACAUGUAAUAUGACAACAUGAUGCCCUUGCAGUCACUUUGUCUGGAAUUGGAUAUCUUAUCAUUGUUAGCUACAGAGGUGUGCGUGUAUGUGUUCAGUUAAUCUCUGGAUAAGUUUGUAGAAACUGCCGCCCACAAAAUGAACAUUAUGUCUUUGUAAA